AGCAGCAGCAGAGGUAACUCAUGUGGUCUUUGGCGUCUCUUUAGUUUGUUUGCGGUGUGGACGACUCACACAUCAGCUGUCGGAAGUGUGCAAAGUUGUUUGGGUUUUUGCUUUUUUGCGUGUUUAGUGAACAUUUAGCAUUUACUGGUCUUUGUUGUUUUUUUAUAUAUAGGCUACAUAUUUUGGACAUCUGUCCAUUUUGAGGUUCCUAGGUUUUUUAAAUACUAAUAUUAUAUACAGAAUGGGUCCGAAGCAGAGCAGUCCGUCGGUGGGGGUUCGGAUCCGAUCUUACUCCGGGUCCGAUCUGUCUAACUCUGACGGGCGAGCUGCGGUUCUGCGCUAUUACGCGGGCGGUUCGACGGGACAGAUCGGUGAACGGGUCCAGUAUUCGUCGCAGAGACCCGGUCCGUUCAUCCAGAGCGCCGUCAUCCCGACCGGCGGCCGCAGAGAUGAGCCAGACGGGCAGAGGACACUCCUGAUCGGGUCACUUCCUGCGCACCUCAGCCCUCACCUGCUGGGCGCUGGAUUUGACUGUCCCGCCUGCUCAAAGUUUGUCUGUUCAGAUGAAAUAGAAGAUCAUUUGAUCAUGUGUUUCUCCAAACCCAGACUCAAUUAUAACGAUGAUGUUUUGUCCCGGGACUCUGGCGAGUGUUCGAUAUGUCUGGAUGGCAUGGUUCAGGGGGACACCAUCGCUCGACUGCCCUGUCUCUGUGUCUACCACAAAGGGUGUAUUGAUGAAUGGUUUGAAGUCAACAGGUCUUGUCCAGAACAUCCCACAGAUUAACAUUAAAACAGAUAUUUCCAGUUAAGAAGACCAGCAGAGAAGGGCUCAGCUAAUGUUUUCUCCAGUAUCUUACUCGCUUUGACACUACGUAGAUGAUAAAUCCGUCAUCAUCCGAGACCUAUAUGGACUAAUACCUGCAGUGUCAAAUCUAAAUGAAAUCAUGCAUAUACUUUGCACAGUUCUGUUAACAAACCUGAAGACUGUUUAUCAGUAAUCUAGCUGCCAUCUUUACUCACGGAGCUCUUUAGAGAUCAGAUAAAGGACUGAAGUAUCACUGCUUCAUUGGUUAGGGGGUAACAUAUCAGUAGUUUCAUGAUCCAUAACCACAACAUGACUUUCUGUUGAACUGUUUUUAACCACAGUAAGAGUUGUGUAGAGCAGACAUGAAUGUAGAGGAUGAUGACCGACAGAAUGUGAGUAAAGGACGAACAUGAAGGACCUAAUCAAAGGUAUUUUCUGUACACUUAGAUUUUUGAAAUUUUAUUUAAAAUAGAUGAACCAGUUGUGAAUGAUUUUGAUAAAUGCUGUUAAUUAUUUUCCCCAGUGAGCUGCUGUGUAUAUAACAGGUGCUAUUUACAAACUAUAUAUGUAAUUAUAAUUUAUAUAUAAAUAAAUUCAAAGGGCUCUGGAAUGUAAA